CAGUUGUAGAGCUAGACGCCAGAACAAAUAUUGAGCAAAAAUGUGCAAAGAAAAUGGUAUUUUGAAUGGUGAGUUUAGCUUCAAAGCCCUAGCAGAUGGCUCUCUCGACAAGACCGAAGUUAUUUGUGUCUUUUUGACUGGAGUUGUCACAAAGCACGUCUACUCUGGGAGAAGAGAGAAGUUACUGGCACACUGCAGCGCCUCCUCCUGCCGUCGCCCCGGCGCACGGUACUCCAUAAACCGCCCUCCUCACCCCGCCCCACCGGGACCACCAGGAAAUGGUGACGGAGCGCCCCCCCCCAACCACCACCACCACCACCACCACCAGCAGCGGGGACCGACCGAGCUUGCGAGCGCAGCCAUGCCGAGCAGUGACGCUCAUAUGGCAGACUGCCGCCUCGUCUCCCGCGGGUCACGGAGGAGGACUCCCCGAGCUAAUCCACAGGUCCGCGCCGGCUUCUGGCACUGAAGGAGAAGAAGAAGCAACAGCGGUGAGAGGAUGAUAAUGAUGGUUGUAGCGAGAGAACAGAGGGGCUCCUGGAGGCUCUUAUGACCGGGGUGAAGAAACUGGAUUACUGGACCGAAUUGUACUGGGGGGGGAAAAAGACGAUCAAAGAAGGUUCUGCUACCAUUUGCGUCAAAGAAGGCUUUGCGGCACAGAGGAUGUUGUCGUCCAGAGGGUGACUCUAGCAGGCUGCCAGAGAGAAGGAACACAUUGAAAGUGACGUUGUCCACUUGUGUCAUGGCGUCCCACCUUCACCCACCCCUCCAUCUCUGACUGUCUGCUAAUGGUUUGAUGGAGAUCAGGUCGAAUGUCAGCGGGAACAAUCGUGAUAGCAGGAGGAAUUCUUGCUGGAGUGAUACUGCUGUGCAUCGUAGCAGUCCUCUGUUACUGUCGACUCCAGUAUUACUGCUGUAAGAAGAAUGACUCUGACGCGGACGCGGGCUCGGCGCCUCAGGCUGACCCGCUCUCUCACUUUCCGUGCAACACGUGCAACGCCCUGGCCAAUGACGGCGCUGCCAUCACGCCCGUUUCCUUGGACCAGUUGGACGCUGUGGCGUCCGCAUCCCACCGCAGCAACGCCUGCCGCGCCUGCUCGCCGUACACGCGCCGCGCCGCGCUCCCCGCCUCGGAAAUGCUCAACGGGGGCGAGCGUCUGGGCUUCCAUACCUACUACGAGAACCCGGCCGUGUCUUUGCCGCACGGCUCCGCCCCCGCUUUGAGCUACUACAGCCCCGCUAAAAUGUUCCCACCUCCGCCACGGCCCUACAGCACCCAGGUGUGACAUUUGACCUGUAGGAGGGCACAGGCAGCCUCCUGAACAUGUAAGGACGCCUCCUGGUGGCACCUCAAGCACUGCCAAACUGAAGAUUAACAAGAUAAAUCCUCAUCCAAAUGACAAACACACAAAGUUAGGCUAACCCACUACAAUUCUUGUUAAAGGGUGUCUUCCUUCAGGACAUGUCCUGUUUGUGUCACACCUUCCAGAAGUAAUGUAGUCCAAAAAAAUACACGUACGCGCACACACACACACACACACACACACACACGCACACACAAAGUGGACAUCCGCCCCGUGAUGCCACACAUGUACCUUUUUUAAAAUGAUUUCACUAUUUCUUCAUUAGUUCAGCCAUCUAAAGUGCUAGGUACCAUAUAUGGUACCUCACUCGACUAGAAGGUUGUGGAACCAUGUGACGUACCCGAGCCAAUCAGCAAAGAACUGUAAUACUAACAGUCAUGAAAAAGCUCUCAUACAUUGAAAAUAUAUAUAAUUGACAUAUACAGUAAUGAUUUAUUUUUAUGUUUUGCCUCAUAAUAAUAUAAGAAUAUCCUACAGUAUUCCUUUGGGUUUACAAAUGUAGUGGAAUCAUUUCCCUAGAAAGAGCAAAUACUGUUCAUUUGAAAAUAUUUCUAAUAUUGUUUUAAUUGCAAUUAUCAUUUUCAUUGAUUUGUUUUCCCUCUUCAAAUGCACUAUAUCAAUCAAAUUUAUUAUUAUCAUUAUUAUUAUUACCGACCAUUUUCUUUUAAAAAACGUGUUAAAGCGCAUUUGAAAUGUUUGUUUUUCAAAUUGAUGAAGUAGGAGCCACAAAAACGUAAUAUUCGUUUGAGAAUAUUUCAAAUGUUGUUUGGAUUUUAAUUAUGAAUUGAAUGUAUUUCAUUAUUUUUCCUCUUCAAAUGCACGAUAUAAGUUAUUAAUUUCAUCAUGAUGGUUAUUCAUAGGUUUUUUUAACAACCAUUUCCCACAUUGUUAAGGAAUUGUAAUCCAAUUCCUUAACAAUGGAAAAAUGCACGCUAUAAAUCCAAUUUAUAAUUAUUAUCAUCAUUACUGUUAUUCAUUAUUUUAUUGAACAUUUCACACAUUUUUCUUAUCUUUUUUGUUGUUCAAAACAUUUUUCAAUUAAAUUUUUUUAAAGUAAUAAAUAACAAAAUAAACAACAAUUUAACACAAUUUUAAAAAAUGAAUUGUUGAAAAUUGUUGCAAUUGAGGAAGUCAUGGCCACAAAAACAUAAAUGAAUAUUUUCAUAAUGAACCACAAAAAUCCCUUACAGCCAAGCAAAUAUUUACUAAAUGUACUUAACGAGAUUAUUUACUCAUGUUUUUCUUGUUUAUCAAAUAUUACUUGUUUUGUGAGUACUAUUUUUAUUUUGUAUUAAGUAGAGACCACCUCUAAUGAUACCUGCAGUUCCGAGUUGAAAGGGAGGGGCUGUAGUUUCUGUUUCACACACACACACACACAAAGAGGCUAACUGAACAUGAGGGCUAACAGUUUUCCUAUGAGUUGUUGUCCAGCACAGCGCUUGUUGGAGGAAACGAGAAGAAGACAAACCUUUUUUUUUUUUUUUUUUUUUGAGAUCUCCAACAAAAGAAAACUAUCUGAGGGGGUUUCGUUCCUUUUCGAAACAAAGCAAACAAAAAAAAAACAACCAAGUUUUGGUUUUAGAGUCUUCCAUCUGUCCUUUCAUGGAAUGACAACUUAUUGCUGCUUCAUUCAUUCAUUCAUUCAUUCAUUCAUUCAAUGACUUGCUGUGAUAGUUUAGUGUAAUGCCACACGUAUAUGCCUGACUGUUAUAUAUUUUUACCGUCUUUGUGAGACAGUCGUUGACAGUUAUAUGAGGCACACAGUGAGGCCAAUAUAAUAGGUACACCCGCACCGCCUAAUGAGGUCCAACUGGAGCGCUGUCACUGAAAAGGAUGCUUCUAAAACACGUAUAUUUUCAUGACAUAACAAUAUGUUUUAUUAUUGUGGUUGUAGAACCACACUGCUUCAUACUGGGAGCUGUUUGGAAUGUUUUGCUGUCCCCCCCCACCAUAAUCGUCAACAUAUAUGGUGUUGUAUGAUUACUGCCGCAGCCGUGCGGUGGCCACACAGUCAGGAGAUCAGGAAGAUCUGGGUUCAAAUCUCCGUUGGGCAUCUCUGUGUGGAGUUUGCAUGUUCUCCACGUGCGUGUGUGGGUUUCCUCCCACAUUCCAAAAACAUGCAUGUUAGCUUCAUUGGAGACUCUAAAUUGUCCAUAGGUAUGAAUGUGAGAGUGAUUGGUUGUUUGUCUAUAUGUGCCCUGCCAUUGGCUGGCGACCAGUCCAGGGUGUACCCCGCCUCUCGCCCGAAGUCAGCUGGGAUAGGCUCCAGCAUACCCCCGUGACCCUAAAGAGGAUAAGCAGCAUAGAAGAUGAAUGGAUGGAUGGAAUUGAAGGAGAAGUCAUAAACUGUGUUGCAAAAUGAGAAUUUUUGUUCUUGUACGCUGCGAUACCCAGAUUAACCCUUUGCUCGUUAUUUGCACGGGGUUAAUAUAAUGAUGUUUUUGUCAGCUUAUCCCUCAUCAUGACCUCCAUUUCCUUGGAUGCACAGUUGCGCUCUCCUCCGCUUGUCCUGCACUGCUCGCCUGAUCAUUCCCCCGUCUCUCCAGAGGAUGUUGGCUUCAGCUCUGAUGCGCUGUUCAAUUAAACCAUUAUUCCAACAAGACCAACCUUGUUGGAAUAAUCUGGAUUUCGCAGCGUAGAAGAACAAAAAUUCUUGUUUUGCAUCACAGUUUAUGACUUUCAUUUUUUGUGGAAUUUUUAAUUUAUUUUGCCCACCUUAAAACGGUCCUGUGUUCAGUCACGCAUGCAAUUAAAUAUAUUUUGGUGUGGACCAAAGGAUUAUGUCCAUACCAACAUAUGCAAGUUAAGACAUUUCAUGAAAAUAUUCAAUUGUAACUUCAGUGGAUACUUUUUGCAGAGUCUACUUUUUUUUUUAGUGUGCAAAAAGGCUCUUCUUGGCUUAGUAGUUUGUAGAUAUUUACUUUUUAAAAUUUUUGUUUAUUUAGUUUUACUAAAUUGUAUUUUUUUGUUAAUUAUUUAUAAUUUAGGUUUCAUUUUCCUUUUUUUCUUAACCUCCUGAGACCCGUAAAAAUAAAAGUUUAGCAUUAAAUAAUUUUUGGGAGUGCAACAAUACAGCACAAUUUUCUUUUUUUUUUUUCUUCUCUUUUUUUUUUUUAAACAAUAUUCUUUAAUAUUGUAUUUCUACAAUGACAUUAACAUUGGACAUGAAAAGAGGCCAACUUUCACGGCUGUACUUUGGCCAAUCUUUAGUAAAAGUCCACCGUAGAGGAUGUUGUAAAAAUGUUUCUAUCGAUUAACACUUAUGGAAUGCUUCACAACACAAUCCAUUCCUACCCUGAAAACACAAGAGGUGUAUGAAUGUACUGACUAAUGACCGGUGUUCAUUUUUGUAGGGUUUUGCAUGUAAAAUAAGGCAGUGAAAAGCUUGAUCCUUACAGAGGACAAAAAAUGUGUUUAUGGGUCUCCGGAGGUUCAUGGGAUAUUUAAAAUUGUUGUUUAAAAAUGUUUAUACUUUUUUUUUUUUUAAUGAUGUCUUAGGCUUUUUGAUACAGCUCUUGUAGUGGGUGCCAUUAGAUUGUGCAGCUGUACCUAUUGUUGUGGUCUGAGAGUGUUAUUCGUUAUUUAUUACAAAAUAUAUUCAGACACGACGUUGUUUCCACUGAGGUUUGUCUUAAAUCUGUUGUCAAGUGCGUGCUAAAUGAGCGACUUUUCUUUGUUUUGGUUCCUUUAACUCAGGGGUGUCCAAAGUGCGGCCCAGGGGCCAUUUGCGGCUCUUGGAUUUUUUUUGUUUGUUGUUGAUCCGCGGCACAUUCUAAAAAUGUAAUUUAACCAACAACAACAGCAAAAUUGGAAAAAUCUGCAGUAAUUUUACAAGAAUAAAGUCAAAAUAGUAAGAUGAAAAAGUUGCCAUCUAAUGAGAAAAAGUCGUAAUUUUACGUAAAUAAUGCCGUAAUGUAAUGAGGAAAAUUAAUUUCAUUUUAGAAGCAUAAAGUUGAAAUAUUAAAGAAAAAAGACAUUAUUGUUGGAACGUCGCAAUAUUAUGAAAAUGAUUGCCGUUGGAAUUUGUAUAAUAUUUGAUGAGGAAAUGAAUUAAAUUUCAUUUAUUUAAAUUGCAAUUAAUGUUUUAUGUAGUUUUAAUUUAAUUUUCUAUAAUUUUUUUUAUUUAAAAAAUUACAUUAAAUUUAAUUAAUGAAAAAAUUAUGUGAAUAAAAUAAUCAGUACAAGAAGAAAAUAUACAAGAUGAAACUUGAAAUAGUUGUAAAAAAAACCCAUCAGAAAUGGGAAAAAAAGCAGCUGUAAUUUUCUGGGAAUAAAGUCAAAAUAUUAAGAAAAAAAGUUGCAUUCUAAUGAGGAAAAAGUUGCAAUUUUAUGAGAAUAAACUCAUGGCCGUGUCAUUUGGGCAGCAUAGGGUUGAAAUAUUUAAAGAUAUAUAUAUUAUUUUUUGAAAGUUGUAACAGCAAAAAGUCGUAGGAUGAAACU